AUGACUUCAAAUCAAUCAAGACCUCCUCUAGGGUCACCAAAAUUAACAUUCUCAGCUGAUGCUUUCUUUGAUACACAAGAAGCCCCAACUGGACUGGAAAAGAAGAGAAGACAAGCACAACAGUUCGUAGAAAGACAUAGCUCCGAAGGAAGAAAAGUGGUCUUGGUCACAAGUGGUGGAACAACAGUACCUCUGGAACAGAAUGUUGUUCGAUUCUUGGACAACUUUUCAGCAGGUACUAGAGGUGCUACAUCAGCAGAAUACUUCUUAGCAGCAGGGUAUGCUGUAAUCUUUAUGCACCGCCAACACAGCCUUUCACCCUAUACUCGACAUUACAGCCAUACCACCAAUCCAUUUUUGGAUUUAUUAUCGGAGCCGGCGGAAGAAGACAGCAAAGAUGGGUCUUCCCCAAUCACUGUUCUACCUCAGCAUUCCUCCGCUUUGAAACCGGUUCUGCAUAAUUAUCAUUCAGCACGAAAAGCAGGAACGCUACUCCGAUUAACGUUUGUCACAGUGACCGAUUAUUUAUUCAUGUUACGGGAAUUGAGUCAGGUCAUGCAACCGCUAGGGAAAAGAGGGAUGUAUUACCUAGCAGCAGCUGUGAGCGAUUUUUAUGUACCAAGUCAAAAGACGCCCGAGCAUAAGAUCCAAUCAGGCAAAGGAUCAUUAAUGAUCGAAAUGGACCAAGUGCCAAAAGUCUUGAAGCCAAUGGUACAGAAGUGGGCACCUGAAGGAUUCAUCGUCAGCUUCAAGCUCGAGACGGACGAAGAUCUUCUAAUACCAAAAGCAAGGAAUGCAUUGGAAAGGUAUGGACAUCAAGUUGUGGUGGGGAAUGAAUUGAAUAGAAGAAAGUAUGAGGUAGUAUUUGUUGAAAGGAUAAGUGAUGGAAAUUUCAAAGAGAGUUGGAUUCGACUUGAUCCACAACAAGAUAAUAGCGUUUUGGGAAAAGCCGGAGAAAAAGAAAUCGAAGAGGAUAUCGUACGCAAUUUAGAAGAAAGACAUGAACAAUGGAUUAAAAGUGCUCAAUCGUAG